AUGAGUAAAUCACAGCCUCCCGCCUCAACAAUCCCCCCCCAAACCCAAGAUGGCAUCCACGAAAAGCCCCCCAUCGACAAAGGCAUGAGCGUCGCCUCCUUCGACGGCUCCUUCGCGCCGCUCGUCCGCCCAACUGUCCGCCGCACCAUACCAUGGUACAAAGACCGGGAAUACUUCCUCGGCGGGUGGACCAACCCUUCUAUCUGGAAAGCUGCCGUCGUCGAAGCAGUCGCCACUUCAUGCCUCGUAUACGUCUCUCUCCUCACAGCCGCCACGCUAUUCAGCUACAACACCCCCCAACUAGGCGCCUACAUCGGAAUAUCCAACGUCGUCCUCCUCUCCAUCUUCAUCUACGCCACUAGUCCCGCCUCAGGAGGACACAUGAAUCCCAUGAUUACCUUUUCCGCCGUGCUAGCCGGUAUAUGUCCCGUGUCAAGAGGUGUUUUGUAUCUUUGCGCACAAACGCUAGGGGCAUCAUUAGCAGGCGGCGUCCUAACCGGUGUUUGGGGCCAAGAAAAAGCGGCCGCCAUCCACGGCGGAGGCUGCUUCUUCUCGCCCGCCAUAACCACCCCCGGACAAGUCUUCCUCAACGAAACAUUCGCCUCCUUUGCCAUUCUCUAUCUGGCGUACGGAGUGGGCCUCGACCCCCGACAGGCCGUGUUCUUUGGACCAAGGCUCGGGCCCUUGUUAGUUGGUGCUUCGCUCGGUCUUUUGACGUUUGCGAGUAGUGGUAUUGCGGAGGGCUAUGGAGGCGCGCAGAUGAAUCCUGCGAGAUGUUUUGCUGCUGGGAUAGUGAGGAAGGACAUGUCUUAUCAAUGGAUAUGGUGGUUUGGUCCGGCUGCUGCGUCCGUAUUGUUGGCUCUAUUUUACAAUGCCAUUCCGCCGCAUCAUAAUGAGGAUGAAAAGCUGAAACAGGAGUGCCGGUCGCAGUCUGCUGUGUAA